AUGACUGCAUUUAUUGAAGAUCCUAUGAAGACGAACAUAACCUCAGAAUUUAAGCAGAUAAUCAGCUUUUUAACUGCCUCAAGGUAAAAACUGGAAAACGAGAGAGAUAUGAAGGCUCAACUAUAAAGUGAGAUGAAUAUGAUUAAGGAGAGAAUGCAGUACUUAGAAUAAAGAAAUACGUACUUAGAAGGGGAAAUCAAAUAAUAAAACUCUGCUUCAAAACGAAUCACAUUCUGUGCUGGAAUAUCGCAUAUUCAGGAGGCAAGUAGCAUUGGGCAAAUGUUUUCACCUGACGAUAAUAAAAAAGAGGAUCGAAGUAUGAGUCCAACUAGAAAUCUCUUCAAUACGAAUUUGAAUACCCUGAUAUUAGAUUAGAAAUCACCCUAGCAGAUCCCAGUUUACGAGGCCAAGAAUAUGUAUGUAGCUCCACCAAAUAAUGUGCACUAACUCAUUCAUGUGAAUCAAAAAAAUCUUUCAAUCUCAAACCAUAGUAACUCGAUUGAAGAAGAUGACGAUUCUAAAUAAAACAUCUAAAUACAAAUCCUUAAGCAGCCUUUAAGCAACCUCAGAUUUUCAAAUGAAAACUUUAAGCAUAUGAGCACAAUUGAUACAAAGAGGACUCAGGUUUCUAUAGAUACCAGAGAUCAAUUUAGAAUAGACAUGAGUGACAACAUAUCAACUGGCCAGAACACUCAUAGGUCAAGAUAAAACACUACAAACUUGAAGCGAGGCCAAAGUAAUUAAUACUCUGGACUAUCGAUCGACUACAGAGACAAUGAUCCUCAGCAAUACAAUGUCUUAGAUCAGCCUUAGGAGAAAAGAGAGAGAAGAAAUAAUGCUUUGAGGAAGUUCAAGAGUGGGGAUCAGCAGUUCUUUGAAGUUUUCAAUAAUACCGACACAAUGGCUUCGCAAUAAAAUAUAGAGCCAAUGAGAUAGGAUUAUAACUAAAUGGCACAGGAGGAGAAUGACUACUAUAAUAAUUAGGUGUAAGAUGAAAAUAUUGUGAGAAUCCUGAGAGGGAACAGACAGUAUAAUUUGGGGUUUAGCAGACUUCAAAUCAGGACUAUUGAUGAGCAUAUUGGAAUGCAAGCUAUCAAAUUAAAGUAUGAUCCAAUCAGAGUGGCUUAGCAAAGCUACAGAUAAUAAUAGAAGAGCUUAUCUAAUAAGAGAAAACAGGAAAGAGAAACAGCAAAGAGUAUGCAGUUCAAUGAAAAUGUGAAAGCAGGUUAACUUCAUUAACUCUAGCCUUCACAGAUGCUGAGGAAGGAGACUUAGGAUAAAAGACAUCACUAGUACUUCAAUAAGCUAAGCAUGAAUGACUUCGAUUAGUUUGUCGAUGGAGAUGUGAUUAUUGAAGAUGAGGAUUCCAAGGAUUGCCAAGAUGGAGGCAACACUCCAUUCUAAAACUACGAUGAGACGGUAAGGAGGCCCUAGGUGAUGUUUCAAAAUCAUGAGAUCAUGAUGUAUCACAGUCCUAAACAGCACAGAGGUCAAUCUAAAGAGGAACACAGCAUGCCAUCUUGCUUCGAAGAGGAUGAUUAUAUUUAGCAAACGACUAGGAUCAUGGAGGAUCAGACUUUUACUUAGCAGCACAUGCUCUUAGAAACACCUUCUAAUAAACCCAAUCAGCUGAAAGUAGGGUAGCACUCUAAUGAGAUCUAUAGAGCAGCGCAGUACAGUAAUGAGCAUAAGAUGCAGAUGGAGAGAAGCAUAGUAAAUUACUCUCAUGUUAAAAGUAAAAGAUCUAAGCAAAAAGUAACUGAUACUACUAGUUAGUUUAAGAAGAAGCAAAUGAUUGAGGAAUCAGAUGAUGAGCAGGAUGGAUCUGGCACUCCUUACGAAUCAAAGGAUAAAAGCACUAGUUUCGCACAUAAUUAACUUAUCAAAAACCCCUGCUAUGACAGAGUUACUCUGGCUUCUAAAAAUCAAAUUGAUCUUAAAAACUAACUCAGAAUGGGUGGGCAAACUAUUGGACCUAGAAACGAUAGGAUCCAUGGAGCAUACUAAGGUUAAAAAUCUUUGGCAAGUAUAGACGAUACACGGAGGCUGUUCCAAAAUGCAAAUACUGAUCCAUUUUCUGAUGUUUCAGGGAUGUCUGGACUGCAGAGUUCAGGCUUUUACGAAUAAAGUACAAUAUAAGAUGUGGUAGCGAGAUCAAUUGAUUCUUUUGACAGAUUUAAAAAGCAAACUUAGAUUAAAAACUUCAAUUCUCCACAUCAAAAUAUAAGAAGUACUAAUAAUCUGCUAAAACAAAAUAGUAGAUUUGAGUCCCCAGGAAAUGGUAAGGUAGCUAAUGUGGAACGUUUAUUUGAAGAAUUCUUCAUCAUAGGAGUAGAGUACAAUGACAUUAAGACCUUGGAUUGGAACAAGAGUCCCACCUAAUUUAUUGCUCCUUAAACACUCUAUAUGUAUUCAGAUUAGUCUAAAGAGGAGUGUGAUCGUAGAAGAGUCGUCAAGGAUUUCUGUUUCCCAGAUGGAGUAGAAGUCAAGCGAAUCAAAGAUAAAGGUCAAAAUCUUAAUGAAGAAAACAAAGCAUAAUUCUCUAAAAUUCUUUAUCAAACUAAAAACCUAAGAGAGUCCUGCUUUAUCUUUACUAUGAAUGCCAGCGAAGAUAUGUAGUCUGAUACAUCUCUAACAAAGUCUCGCAAUCAGUCUAAUGAGUACUAAGAAACUUUUCCAGAUGGUGUAACCUCUGAAAAAUUCUACAGUUGUUUAUGCGUAGUCUUUAACGAGUUGAUAUCAGACUAGAGCUAGCAACAACCAUCUUUUAACGAGACUACUAUUGAGAAGAAGUUUAUCGAAAGCAAAAUAUUCUCAGCUAAGAAAGCUUAUUGCUUUAUGUUUGCUAAUCACUAUUAUCAACUGCACUUAGAGACUAUAAAUCUGUUGAUUAAUGUGCUCAAAGAUAAUUAUAUUGAUCUUUCUAAUCGAAUUCUAAGCAAUGACCUGCUAAGAAAUCUCAAAAAUUAAACUGAAAAAAUCAUCAAACUCCAGUUAUUGAGAGAUAUUUUCUCAAACCUAUAGUAAAAGUUAAUAAUUGAUGAGAUGUACACUAUUUUAAACAAAUGCUAUCUACUUGACCUUGAACUUGUUAAUGAGUAAAUUAUACUAGACUUCUCGUCUUCGAUUGGGCAGCUCAAAUAUGAUUUGCCAAAUAUUACAGAGAUUCCCUAUCUUGAGCAUAACUGGUUCUGUCCCUAGCUGUUUCAACUAUUCUCUAUUGAUAUCUUCCUAAGGUUACUAUAAGCUAUUAUGCUUGAGAGAUCGGUUAUAUUUGUUGGAAAAGCUAACUUGAUAUCCACUGCUAUUCUAGGUUUUAACUGUUUGCUAUACCCUUUUAGAUGGUGUUUUGCUUUUGUGCCCAUCCUACCACAUCCAUUAAUAGAUAUGAUAGAGGCCCCAGUGCCAUUAUUGGUAGGCAUUACUAAAAAAGAGUAUAAAGAUUUAAAGUUAACUGAGGAGGAGAGAAGCCAAAAGAUCUGGGUUAAUUUAGAGGACGGAAGUGUUUAAUGGAACAGCGAUGAGGUUGAUUUCCCAACAUUUGACUUCGAGGGACUUUAAGGUAAAAUUAGCAAAGACUAUCAAAACUUCAUAAGAAUCAGACAAAAGCCUACUGAUAAUAAAAAUAGUGGGACUGAUAGAUAAUAGUUUACUCAACCCUCUGACACCUCAGAUUAUUUAAAUGAUUAUGAUAGUGCUAGGAGUUCUUUCGUUUCAGACUUUGCCUUGGUUUUCAAUGACAAAUAGAAAGAGAAGUGUAAGAACAUAUGCAUGCAGAUCCGAUACUCAAUUAAGAGGUUCGUAUUGGGAUGUCUGAAGGAUAUCAGGAAAAAUAAGCUUAGCACCAAGUUUGAUAAUCUGGUAUAGUAGAUAGGGGACAUGGUAGUAAGUUGCAGUAAGGAUCAAGACAGAAAGUUCAUAGAGCAAUUCGUGCAAACUUAGAUGUUCACCACGUAUAUCGAGGAUAUAAUGUGA